AUGACGCCAUCCUACAGCUCCGGCCCCUCAGGGCCCGCCGGGGGGCGGAGGCCGGCGACCUUCGCCGGCGCGAGCGUGUUCCUGUCGCGGAAUCUGGUUGCCCCCGAGGUGUUCGACGCCGUGCACGACGCGCUCCGCCUCAACGGCGCCGAGGUCCUCCUCUGCGCCGACCCGAGCCGCACGGAACCCCUCGACUUCCACGUCAUCUCAUCCUCCUCCCACGAGAGGUUCGCCGAUCUACGGGCUAAAGGCUGCAAUUUGCUAGGACCACAGUGCAUUCUUUCCUGUGCUAAAGAACGUCGUUUUCUACCUAAACAAAGUUAUACUUGUUGCCUUGCAAUGGAUGGGGUUAAAACACUUUGUUCAGGAUUUGAAAAGUCUGAGAAGGUUAGGAUUGAAGAACUAGUGACAGCCAUGGGAGGUCAUUUGCUAACUAGACACAACAUGGAUGUGAAUUUUGUAAUUGUGAAGGAUGUCACGGCUGCCAAAUAUAAAUGGGCUCUGAAUACUUUGAAGAAGCCCAUUGUCACCAUGAAGUGGUUAGAGCAAUGCUGGAUUGAACAUCGUGUUGUACCUCAUGAACCUUACAGGAUUCUUCCCUUUACUGGGUUGAAUAUCUGUGUCACUAAACUGGAUCCAGAUGAACGGAAGGAAUUGGAGGAAAUGGUAGUGCAGAAUGGUGACAAAUAUGUCGUGGCCCAAAAAUGGGGUAAUAUCCACAUUGUGAAUCCAAGAUGGGUUGAACAAUCUGUUGCUCGAAGAGCUUGUCAAGAUGAAAAUAGCUUCCUCGUUUGUCAGAGUUCAUCUGCUUUUAGUGGUUCAAAGAGUUCCCUUAAGGAGCAACAAAAUCCAGAGAUCAGUAGCGCAAGUGCAAGCUUUCAACCUGUUCCAGCAACAUCAGUUGAUGACUCAGUAUCAAUGUCACAAUAUUUGCCUGCUUCAUUUGGCGAUGCUGCACGGAUCAGCAACACUGCUAUUGUUGGCGCACCUAGUGUCCAAGAGAAAAAUGAGAUGCACGUUGAUAGUCAUGUUGCUGAGGACUCAGAGCCAGAAAAUGAUGAUCUAUAUUUAUCAAAUUGCCGAAUUUCUCUCGUGGGUUUUGAAGAGAAAGAGUUGUUAAGGUUCGUUAUGAUGAUACGCAAUGGAGGUGGAUCCCGGCAUAUUUUGCUAAGUGAGAAGCUUACUCAUAUUGUUAUUGGUAAACCUUCAGAUGAUGAAAAAAAGGAGGUAAGACGUCUGGCUGUAUGGGGUGUAAUAAAUAUAGUGAAAGUAACAUGGUUAGAAGACUGCAAUAGAGCAAAAAAGGAAGUGAAAGUAUCUCCAAUGCAUAUAGCUACUGAGCUCCUCUUGAAGGGAUUUUCACAAGUGAGCAUGGAAAAUUCUGCUGAUACACGUGAAACUAAGGUAGCCAAAAGCUCAGGUGGGAUUUUUCAAGUUCCAACUGUCGAUGACUUACAUGACAAACAUCAUGAAAAAGAUGUGUCAUCUGAAAGAAAACCAAAAAGAGGCAAACAUGAAAACAGUAUAAGUAAAACCCAAUCAGCAGCCAGGACUGCAAAAUCAAGUCAACAGAAUGGAAUGGUCAAUGUUAGCGAGUACCAGCCCCAAUAUCAAGUAACAUCCACAAUGAAUUCUGGAAGUAGCAGAUCAAAUAUAUUCAAAGGGAGGACGUUUAGUUUCUCAAAUUCAUUUUCUCAUGACAAGAGACCUGAGGUUGUUGAUUGGGUCAGAGAUGGUGGAGGCGUUAUGGUGGAUGACAAUGACAUACAAUCAACUGUUGUGGAUUUCAUAAUUGAGUGUCAUGGACAAAACAGCUUGCCUUGUGACUGUUCUCAUUCAGCUGUUGUUUCAACUCAAUGGAUACGAUCAUGUUUGGAGGAGAACUGCUUACAAGAUGUUGGGAGUCAUCCUAUCUUCUCUCCUUUGCGCUGUCGCAUCCCGUUCCCAGGAUUCGAAAGCUUCCAUUUCUGUAUUUCACAAUAUGGAGAGAAAGAAAGACAGCUGUUGAAGAACUUGUGCUUUCUGCUGGGCGCUAAGUUUACAGAAAAAGCAUAUAAGAGAGUAACCCAUCUCAUCUGCAAAUUUGCAAGUGGUCCAAAGUAUGAGGUUUACACCAAAAGAGGAACUCCAACCAUUACUCCCGAGUGGCUCUAUGAGUGUGUAAAACAGGAUAAACUUCUCCCUGUUGAUCACUUUCAGCCGAAACCACUUACAUCACAGGAUCAAGAUGCUUCUGCGUGCACUGUCAGCCAAUAUUCCACGCAGGCAACCAGAUUUGAUUCCUCUGAGCUGCUUAGUGGUUGUCAAGUAACAACAAACAAUGCAACACACAAUUCUGUUCAUGAAGAAACAACUAUGCCUGCUGUUAGUAGAAAGAGAAGAAUAUCUGUUCCUGGCAAGGUUAACGAUACGUGCGGAAAUAUUGGAAGAUCUGAGAAACACCUCGACAAUAGCUCUGUCCCUGAUGUCGCAGAUGCCAUAGAGGUUCUAUCAUCCAAGAUAUUUGAACCUGACAAUUCUGUUGUUCAAGAGCAGAAAGAUACACACUCCUUUGGCAUUUCAAGGAGCUGGUUGAACAUGCAACAGAAGCAAGACAACACCCCUGGCACAAAGGUUAAAAACUUAAACUCCACACCAGUCCCCUCCCCUGCUCCCACUACUUACUACCCUUUCAGUGAGACGCAGACGGAAUCUCAGGUCGUUGGAUACGAAGAAGAUUUAACAGGCAGGCAGAAGAUCAUAGACAGGGUUCGGUCUCAGAGCAUUAAUGUGACUCCCUCGAGUGAGAUUCCUUAG